CUGGUAGCAAACUGAAUGGCUGCCUCCGACAUUCCAAUACAAGGCCCCAAAAUCUUUGAGACAGACACACACACUCUUACUGAUAGGUUCUCUGUCACUCUCACAGACACUGGAAUGGAUUUGCCCUGAGCUGACUGCCCACUGCAGCGUAAGUAAAUCAGUGACAGGAUGCCCAUCCUCAAGAGGCUGCCCAGGAUGAUCAAAAGUAACAACAGCAAUGGUGAUCUCCAAAAGAGUAAUCUUACUAAUGGUGAACUCACCCUAAAGAGUAACCACAGCAACGGGGAACUCAUUCUACCACCAUCCGAUCUGAAUCCAUUUGAGGGGGCGUGGGCAGGCAUGGGGUGGAAUAAUGAAGAAGUUGGGGUCUGGGAGAAUGGACAAGACUACCAGAGAUCAUCUCAGGUGAGCGAAGCACUGGAGAAUGAGGCAAACGCAGAGCAGCGUGGAGGGUCAAAGGUCACUGAUGGAUCGAAAGAAAAGAGAGGAACUCUGGAACGAAUCUGUGGCUCAUCACCACUGAAGACCCUUGGAAAAUUAGGCAAGGGCCUGCGUAUGACCGGAAAAAAUGUGUGGGGUGCCACUCCUUCACUACGAAGUGCCACUCUCCCGGCAGCACCCGCCUCAGGAAAGAUAAAAAAGAACUAUCGACGAGCCUCAGAGGAGAUCAUGACUUUACUGAGGUUUGCAGGCCGUCGUAAGGAGAGUGAGCGUAGAGAUAGUCUACCUACAGGUGAUCUGACCACUGAAAACGAAGAAGACAGUCGCAGACGUCCCUCAUUCCUACGAAUAGUCAGUCUGAGCAAACUCAGAGGGGACUCGCUAACAAAUCGCAGUUCGCAGGAAGACGAUGAAGAGUCAGUAGAAGAAGAACCACCGGUCAAACGCAGGGAGCCACUAUCAGUGUUGGAGAUCUUACAGUUAGUUAAUCAGAGAGACCUACUGCUUGCCGACACGCACAUCCUGGAGCUUGAGAGGGAGUGUGAACUUGACCCCUCCCUCUUGACACAAACCACACCCACUUCAACCACACCCAGUAACAUACCUCCUCCUACACUCAUGUCAUCUCCCUGGCUCCCCCUGUUGGCUGGUUCAGGCAGUAAGGAUUCUGGCACAAGCAUGUGGGAUGCUGGGCUGCGCAAAGUGAAAGACGUUGAGCUGCUUUACGAGGCUCUUCAGAGAGAGAUGUGGGAUGUGGUGAGGGAGUCACUACGUCAACCCUGCAGCGGGCCUCAGCUUGGCCUAGUGGUGCUGGUCAUUCAACAGGAAGAGCAGGCUGACAAGGUCUGGGCCCUGCGGCAAGAGGCCCAGUCCAACGUCCAAACUGGUGACCAGUCCGAAGACCAUUCCCGGCCUUCCAAGCGUCCCAGGAGACUGCGUCAAAGGUGGGUGGAGGCGGUGGGAGAGGCAGCUGACUGGUGUCUUCCACAACCAGGUGGCAUCGCUGCAGGGCAGAUGGGCAUGUAUUUGGAGCGACUGAGGGGCCGACUGGUGGAGGAUAUGGAUGCGGCACGUCGGAAUGUGGUGGCGGUUUAUCCCGAGGAGUUUGGUGUUUUUCAGGUCUACAUGCAGAGUUAUCACAGGGCUGUUGCCAAACGACUGAAGACCGUCACUAGUGGACCCAUUCAGAUCACAGACACAUACUCACUGCUGGACUGGAUCUACAACAUUUACAACAGGGACGUCCUGGCUACAGUUGGAGCAAUGGGCACUAUAGUGUGUGAAGCUCUUGAACCUCUGCUGCCUGAAGAUGUCAUAGACCGGCUGGAACAGGACUGCGUCGAGACUGUUUGGGACAAGAUGACUACGGAGCUCUCGCAAGUUUUGGAUGAUGAAGAAAAGCGAUGGGCUCAGACGCUGCACAUUGAAGAGUAUCAGUCUGGCCUUGCCUGUUCUGUUAUACAGAGGCUGAAGGUAGAUUUGGACAGAUCGACAGCUGUCAGUCAGCCACUAGGUGCUCGUGUUGCUCGCUGCACCUUGAAUGGACUUGCAGAUUUCCUGCACAGUUUCCAGAGAAAGGUUGAGAUGUUCCAUGACACACAGUCAGAGUUUGGGGAUCAUGGGGAUGGUUAUGUCUCCAGGACCAUUGCUCUUGUCAACUGUGUUCCACCUUUCAGGAAUUUUGUGGAGCGCUGUCAUCUGUGUGAUGCUCUUGGCAGUGAGGAUGUCUCCCAGCGAGCUCAAUCAUCUCUGGAGCGAAUUGUUAACCAGUCAGUGCAAGUUCUCUCGGACAUACUGUUUGAAAACAUCAGGCCAUUCUUCGAUAAGCUGGUAAAGAGGAAGUGGCUGGAAAACACUGAGGCCUAUGAGAGCAUUGAGAUGACUAUUAAACAGCACUUUAAAAAGUUCCGCAGAAUGGACUGCCCUCCAUAUCAGGCAUUGGUGAAUGAGGUGCACAGGCGGGUCCUGGUUGAAUAUGUUCGUGCCAUCAUGAGGGGGCGGGUUAUCUGUACAUCACUCAAAAUGAGGAAGAGAGUGGCAUUCCGUCUGCAGGAUGAGGCCAAACAGCUGAAGGCUCUUUUUAAAGAUCUGGAAUCAACUUCCUCCUGGUUGGACAGUGUGAUUGUUCACCUGGCUGAGAUCAUAGUUUUGGAGGACACUCCCUCUAUUCAGAUGGAAGUUGGGGUUUUGGUGAAGGAAUUUCCAGAUAUACGGAGGAAACACAUCUCUGCUAUGUUGAAUGUCCGUGGGAUGGUGCAUCAGACAGACCGUCAGGAGAUUUUAGCUGUUGUCCGGGACUUGGAGAACAGCGACAGCUCCAUCAAUCUGCCCCGAGAUCGUGCCCUCUUCUCUGAAAUCGCAGUGGCCAAAGACAUGUCCUGUCUGGGGUUGGUUCUGAUCCGCUUCGGUCUGACUGUGUCAUCAUGGGUUGCCAGUGCCCGGCCGCACCGUAACCGCAACAGAAUGAGUCGAAAUGAGAAACAUGAUGACGAUAGACCACAUUCAAGCCAUGCAAAGCGCUUUACUGAACCUUAAAAAUAAAGAAAUGCAGCAUAACACAUAGCAUCCUGAUAUUUAAAAAAGACACAAUAAACGAUAACUACACAGCAUCACAACAAGUAUUACAUAAUAAAAUCAGUAUUAUAUUAAGCAAAAGAUGGCAUAAAAAGUGCACUCAGUCAGUUGAUUCAGACUAGAUAAAUGUGGUCAGAACCCAGUCAAAAAGGAGGAUAAGAUGAGGUUAUGACAGCAAAAGUAAAAUCACAACAAUACUUGUCCUUCAGAGCACAGCUGGAGCGGAAUAAGUCAGUGGACACUUCAAAGGACGGGAAAUGAUCUAUAAUUCUCCCUCGCUUUAUACAGGCUGUUACUGGACUGCUGUAUACUGACUAGCUGGACCUCUGUUGUGUGAACAGCCACAUGAUUUGAGAGGAGCGCCAGGAAACUCAUCACUGUAGAGUGAGGACAUGCUGAAAUUUUUAUUAGUGCAGGCUUUGUUCAGAACACUGCUUUAGCUUGACAUUAAACCACACACAGAGCAGAUGCAUGUACAUGAUGUCUCAAACACCAGGUACAAUUCUACAGUGCAUAAACAGCCACAUUUCAGAUUUUGAGAGUGCAACAUUUAAAGAAUGUGAAUGUUAAUUCCUCCGAUUUAGUUCUUUUUUGUACUAAAGUUUAGGAUUCUGUACAUCUCAUUUCUUUUCAUGUCUCAUCACUAUACAAAUCUGAGCUGAGAUCUGAAAUCUGACAUGAAUUAAAUGCUUGUGUGAUUUUGUUUCAGGUAAAUAAGAAAUAAAAGCCCCAUUGACUGGGAAAUUAAUUAUAUUGUAAUAAAAAUUGCUAGUGUGUUCUUUAA